AUGCUGUUGGCCACUAUAAAGGAAGAGAUUGAAAAACAAAAUGAUAAACAAACCCAAACCAUAACCGAGACUAUCAUCAAAACUAUUGAAGAGCAACUGUUACCAAUAAAAAAGGAAAACGAAGCUAUGAAGUCUGAGAUUUUGCUACUAAGAUCGAAAGUAAAAUAUCUGGAACUUGAAACGAGGAAAAAUAAUGUCUUACUGCACGGGGUUGAAGAAACUGAAAAUAACAAUCUAGAAUUAAUGAAUACUGUAAUAGAACUAUUAAACGUUCCCUGCACAACAGAACAAGCGGAGGAAGAGAAACACGACUGGGACAAAUGGGAACUUAGCAGCAUAUACAGAGUUGGGAAAAAGACAGAAGGCAAGAUAAGACCUAUAAAAAUUUCAUGUACCCUAACAUGA